GUUGUCUAGAGCCAGAAUUAAAUGGCUUUUCCGCGGGAUACGUUUGAGAUUUAAAACCAGUUAAACGUAGAAAAAUGUCUGGAAAGGAUGAUGCUCUCGGUGGACGGUUAUGUCUCAUGGAUGGAGGGAUCAUAAAGAGGUUUUCAACAGCAAAAUCCUGACAGAGCUGCAAGGAUGACAGCUGUCAGUUUAUCAGCACAACUUUGUCAACCAUGCGCAUAUGACAGCAGGUUCAAAGGUUUAUCUGAAGAAGCCGCUGAGGCCCAUUCACCUGAGCCCAGAGCAGGUAGCAUUAGACAUGCUGUGUCUCCGUAGCCAACUCAGCCUCCUUGUGAGAGCUCAGGUCCAUCUGGGGCAGUCAAAACUUGCCAUGAGUCCUGAGGGAUCGGAAACUUUUCAGAAUCAAGGUGCUGAGAUUGUAGAUCAGAUGAAGCAGUGCCUUGAACACUUGCCCAAACCUGCACCAUUGCUGGAGAACUUCACAGUGCAGGAUUGUCUCUCAUGUUCCCUCGAGUAGAAGUCUACAUAAUCCAUGGAAGUCCUGUGGAUAUGCUGGAGAGACCAGUAUUGGAUGGUGAUUUGCUGCUUCACUUGUAAACAGACAAAGAAAGAAAACACAUUAUGCUUUUUUGAUGAAAUCUGGCCAUGUUAUGUUUUAAGGACUUAUUGAUAUUCCAUUUAAAGGCUAUUUCCCUCACCUUGUGAGACUAAACCAACUGCUGAGGCUUAGUCAGCAACUAGACAAUGAUGUGAAGGACAUCAGAAGACACAAAUAUAUUGCCCAUCAGCUUGCUGUAGUAUAUGUGAGUUACAUUUUUUGCCACAAAUGAUUUCAUAAGCUUAUUCACAAACUUAGUGCUUGAUUUCACUUGGCCACUCGGUAAAUACAUUAAUAUUCAUUUAAUUGUUUAUUCUGUCAAAGAUCAGGUAAUUGCAUUCAGAUGAGUCACGUGUACUGCUAUUCCUUAUUUGCAUAUUUGGCUUGUUUUUCAGCAAGUGCUAACAGCUUCAAAGAUGUAUUGCCAUGUAUGUAUUGUCAGCUAUAAAGAAAGACAACGAAGCCAAUUUUAGGCAGAUAAAGAUGUCUUUAGUAGAAGAGGAAGGAUCCGAGCAAGAACCACAGUUACCAGUCCAGUAUGUCAGCUUGGUAUCACAAAUAACCCAGAGCCUAAUAUCAGCCAUCUCUUCACUUACAGAAGAGCUCACUGAGGAAAUCAGUCCAGUCCUGGCAUUUGUCUCUGAGUUGUCCUGACAGGAAACAAAUGGCAUGGUGCAGUAGAUAGGGAGGUAUAUAUAUGUAUGCUGUCAGUAAGUAAGAUAUUGCAAAAUAUUGCAAUCUUCAUUUUAUUCAGAAAAGUGAAGCAGACCAUAAUGAAUGCUGUAGUUUAUUCAGUAGUCAUGCUAAGUUCAAAGGUUUGCGUAUCCUUAGCACGAGAUAUGGUAGCCUAGUGGUUAAGCUGUUGGACUACUGAUCAGAAGUUCUGAUCAGAAUACUGAUCAUGAGUUUGAAUCCCAGCUCCACCAAGCUGACAAUGUUGGUCCCCUGAGCAAAGCCCUUAAUGCUCAGUUAUAUAAAGUGAAAUAUAAAAUUGUAAGUCACUCUGCAUAAGGUGUUUUCUAAAUGCAGUAAAUAUAAAUGCUCUUAAACCAGAUACACGUUCCUGCGUUCGAAUCAGGUCUGGAGUCCGAGGGGUUAAUGGCAGAAUUCUAACUAUUUUAAACAUGUUUUCUUUCACAUUUCUUUUAAAACAUUUUAGAUUUUUGUAGGUAAAUUGUAAAAAAAAAUAAAUGCUAAUUCUCUCCCACACACGUUUGCACUAAACAUAUCUGGACAAAACCUUUUAUUCUGUAAGAUACGAUUUCAUAUGAUUUCUUACUGAUUUCUGUAAGAUAUUAUUUUUUUUCUUACUACUGUUAAAACACUUUCUGUCUUUCCUUUUUAUUUUUUUUACCUCGCUGUUAUUACUGUCAA